AUAUUUUACGUCUCGCGAGUCGUGAAAAAAUGGCAAUUGCUAAUCUUAACCUUAGUGAACGUUUUCCCUUUUUAGAUUGAGUGUUUGUUUUGCUUAAACUAAGAAAAGUCGCAACUGCGUAUUCGGAUGGAUUAAUCGAUGUUGACUGCAUAUAAUGAAAAGUGGAAUAAGUCUGUUGGAUAACUUGCUACGGGUGUUUAUGGGCCCACAAAGCAUUGAAGCAUGCUAUUCACAUUGCAGUAGGUUGUUGAAUCUGAAUUCAUCUAUUUGUUAUGAGUUGCAGUUGGUAGCCUUACUAAACUUGUUUGGGGUAGUAAAGCCUAUUUGGCUAUAGUUCACAUAGCAAAAUGAAUAAUCACUGAAAGUAACGAGGUUAGAAUAAAUGUAAAGUAUAAUAUAUCACACCUGCAAAUUGCUGCUUUCUAAAGUGGAGCAUCUCUCGUACCUAGUUUAUUUAUUAGGAGUUUUAAUGUUAACGGAAAACAUCAUUUGUUUAGAAGUUGAGGUGUUCAACAUGUCGAUCUCAGAACUGCGUGAGAAGCAUAAACAAGAGCUCGAGAAUUUGACACUGACAUCACAACCUUUUCAAACAUUUAAGCUUUUUACUGUGGCCGUUGUUCAAUAUUUAAAGAGAUCACUCGUAUACCUUUUUACACAUGGUGUCUGGCUUAUGCUUUUAGCCAUAGUCACAGUUGCAGCGGUUGUCUUGUUUCUCUCUUCAAAUGGUCCUCGCGGAACGCAUGUUGAAGAAUUUCUUGAAUAUGUAAGGUUUGUGUUGUGGUGGGUGGCCCUUGGUGUGGCAUCUUCUAUUGGUCUUGGAAGUGGGUUGCACACGUUUGUUCUGUAUCUAGGCCCCCAUAUCGCAUUCUUCACAAUAAAAGCAAUGCAGUGUGGUCGCGUGGAUAUAAAAAGCGCUAUUUAUGAUACAAUCCAAUUAAACCGAAGCCCUUCAUGGCUUAAGAAGGAUUGUUCAGAGUUCGGACCUCCAUUGUUUUCGACCGAGCAUGGUAUUCAGGUUCCGCUUACUAGCAUAUUGCCACAAGUACAAGUCGAAGCUAUUCUUUGGGGCCUCGGAACUGCCCUAGGAGAGCUACCGCCGUAUUUUAUUUCAAGAGCCGCAAGUAUCUCAGGUGAGAAAAUAGAUGCUGCAGAUGAACUUGAUGCAUCCUCAACAGAGGAUAAUGGAGUUGCGUCGAACUUAAAUAAUAUGAAGCGUUGGCUCCUGUCACAUGCACAGUAUUUGAACUUCUUCACAAUUCUGAUUCUUGCUUCGGUGCCAAAUCCUCUGUUUGACCUUGCUGGCAUAAUGUGUGGGCAAUUUGGAAUUCCAUUUUGGGAGUUCUUUCUCGCAACCCUUAUCGGGAAAGCAAUCGUCAAAACUCACAUUCAGACGGUAUUCAUCAUCUCGGUGUGCAACAAUCAACUUCUCGACUGGAUAGAAAACGAGUUAAUAUGGAUGCUUAGCUUCAUUCCCGGGGUGGCUUCUGCCCUGCCGAGCAUUGUAGCUAAACUGCAUGCAAUGAAGGAGAAAUACAUGGCGGCCCCUCUACCAGUCACAUCAAACAUCAAGGUGAAAUCAUGGGAUCUAUCAUUUGCUUCGGUAUGGAACACUAUCGUAUGGUUAAUGCUGCUGAACUUUUUCGUCAAGAUCGUGAAUUCAACCGCUCAGAGGUAUCUGAAGAAGCAACAAGAAAGAGAAAUGUCUGCUUUGAAAAAGAAUUUGGAACAAUCGGAGGAUAGCAGCGACAACCAUUAGUUGCGGUUUGUUGUUUGUUUUGUUUCUCUCCUUGAUUCAUGAUAGGAUAGGUAUUUUAAGGACUUACCAUUGAAGUUGAAGUAAAGCCAGAACAGAAAUCCACAUUAACUCAUUUAUAGUGACAAUAGUUGCAGAUGCUCAAUCUUGUUCUGUUGUGUACCCGUUUCGAGGGUUUGUGGUUUUUGGUACUAAUUGCCGUUUACAUAUUGGGCGUAUCUUUAGAUUAUGCAAUCGGCUAUUCGACUA